AUGCACUGGCUGGAAUUGUUUGGGCUUGCCCUAGUGGGGCUCUCUCAUGGCGCAUAUGUGUGGCCAUCAGAACAUGACUUCCUUGAGGAUAUCAUGUACCUACAGUCGGGCUAUAUUCACUUCGGGUUUAUCGAUGGUGUGAGCCCGUGCUCUUUUGGCACAAACAUUGAAGGGCGACAGAAUGCAGCAGAAUGGGUACGCACAGCAUAUCACGAUAUGGCCACCCAUGACGCGGCGGCUGGGACUGGUGGGCUGGAUGCGUCAAUCAUGUUUGAGUUGGACCGGGCGGAGAACCCAGGGUCGGCCUUUAAUAACACUUUUGGCUUCUUGAGCAACUUUUACACGAGCCGGUCUGGUGCGGCGGAUCUCAUCGCUUUAGCGACCAUCAUAGCCACCGGAGCGUGUGGUGGCCCUUCGAUACCCUUCAGACCAGGCAGGAUCGAUGCAACUGAAGCUGGACCUCCGGGCGUUCCGGAGCCUCAGCAAGAUAUCGAUAUGCAUACACAGAUGUUUGCAAAAGCUGGAUUCAAUGUCAGCGACAUGAUCUCAAUGGUCGCUUGUGGCCACACGCUUGGGGGUGUGCACGGCGAAGACUUUCCAGAGAUCACGGGUAACGCAACAGUUGGCCACGUCUCGCGAUUUGAAGGCAACAACGGAACAUCGUUUUCAAAGUUUGAUAAUGUGGUCGUCACUCAAUACCUAGAAGACUCGUCCGAGAAUCCAUUGGUUGUGGGAACCAAUGACACCACCAACUCCGACAAGCGCGUGUUCGGGGCUGAUGGGAAUCAAACCAUGAAUGAGCUAGCAGAUGGAUCGGUCUUUCAGGCAAAGUGUGCGGACAUCUUUACCAGAAUGAUUAACACUGUCCCCGCCGACGUGACACUCGGGGAUCCGAUUGAAGCCAUUGAUAUCAAGCCCUAUAUCACGCUGAUGGCCUUGAACAGCGAGGGGAAGAUUGAUUUCCAAGGAAGAGUUCGUGUACGAGUUACAUCGAGUACUGGUCGCAACUAUAACGAUCUCGGCAUGAACUUGACAUACAUCGACAGAAAUGGCGUCAGGUCAUCAGACGUGAUUACGACGACUCGGGGAACGUUCCAAGGAGGACUAUCCGCGGGUCUCUUUGGAGAAGCCUUCGCGUGGUUCGAGUUUGCGACGGUUUUGAACCCAGAGUCCGGUAUCAGCUCAUUUGACGUACAGCUAAAAACCAUUUCUACGGGCGAGUCAACAACGUACGACAAUCUCGGCCACGGAUUCCCCGUACAAGAUAAGAUUCUGUAUCAACAGUCCCAGUCUUGUGUCAACAUCACAGACAAUGAUGGAACUGCAACCAUUACUGUCUCCGCUGCCGUUAGGCUGGAAAACGUAAACAACACAGUCGCUUUGGAUCUUGUUCAUUCGAUAGCAAGACAGGGCGUCUUUCUCGAUGCUUUACAAGCCGAGACGACAUUACUUGAACAAACUGACCAGACUUUGGGUGAUUAUGCCAUCUUCAGUACUCAGGUGCCAGUGAGAAUGGAUGGCUCACGCACCACUUUCGACCUUGUGCUUGGUACCGAUGAGGAAGAAGUAAGGAUAAUGGGACAAAAUGCAAAUUUAAUAGUCGGGACUACCUGUCAGGCACUAUGA